ACUGCUCUGCCGGAACGAACGCGGGUCCCGGGACACUGGUGUGUGAGAAACUAUUGCUAGCACGGAGGAAGCCCGGUCCCCAGGCCAUGGGGACACAGCUGAGGCUGCCACCCGGAGAGCCUUGCCACGAAGGGUAUGUGCUGUCUCUGGUCUGCUCCAACUCUUCCCGGGCUUCGUGUGAGAUCACAAAUGUGUCACAGUCGCUGGCUUAUCCUGUCGUCUACACGAACCUGAAUUCCUCCAAAACCAACUUCAGCAUUUCAGCAAGUGUAGAAAACAGAUACAACCUGUAUGUGGGCUUGGUAUUGGCCAUAAGCUCCAGCGUUUUCAUUGGCUCAAGUUUCAUACUCAAAAAGAAAGGUCUCUUGCAACUGGCCGACAAGGGCAUCACCAGAGCAGGGCAAGGUGGACAUUCUUACCUCAAGGAAUGGCUGUGGUGGGCAGGGCUGCUGUCAAUGGGAGCCGGAGAGGCUGCGAACUUUGCAGCUUAUGCUUUUGCGCCUGCCACCUUGGUCACCCCGCUGGGGGCUCUGAGCGUUCUUAUAAGUGCAAUACUGUCUUCCUAUUUUUUAAAUGAGCACUUGAACAUUCACGGGAAAAUAGGCUGCAUAUUAAGUGUAUUGGGGUCAACUGUGAUGGUUAUCCACGCCCCACAAGAGGGAGAAGUCACAUCUUUGCAUGAAAUGGAAAUGAAAUUGAGAGAUCCAGGGUUCAUUUCCUUUGCUGUGAUCAUCUCUGUGAUCUCAUUGGUGCUGAUUUUGAUUGUGGCCCCGAAGAAAGGACAGACGAAUAUAUUAGUCUAUAUCGCCAUCUGUUCUUUGAUUGGAGCGUUUUCCGUUUCUUCUGUCAAAGGCUUGGGAAUUGCCAUUAAGGAACUGCUGGAACGGAAGCCUGUUUACAAGGAUCCCCUGUUCUUCAUCCUGUUGGCCAUGCUCGCGCUUUCCGUAACGACCCAGAUUAACUAUCUCAACAAGGCCUUGGACACUUUCAACACAUCCCUAGUGACUCCCAUUUAUUAUGUGUUCUUCACAUCCAUGGUGGUAACUUGUUCUGCCAUCCUGUUCCAGGAGUGGUAUGGCAUGAAAGCUGGAGAUAUCAUCGGUACCCUGAGCGGGUUCUUCACCAUCAUCAAUGGCAUCUUCCUCCUACAUGCUUUUAAAAACACCAACAUCACUUGGAAUGAACUCAUGUCUACUGCUAAGAAAGAAGUCCUUUCUCCAGUUGGCAAUCAGAACAGUUAUGUUUUACUAGAGAAUGCAGACUUCUCAGCCUCUGGGUAUGAUGACGACAUCACCCUGUUUAGCAGGACCAAUGACUAAAGUAGCCAUAAAACUUUGAACUUCAACCAAGACACCCAAAGCAGUACUUAUUCUUGAAGGUCUGUUUGUACGUUAGCACGUAUAACACUGUACAAUUCCUCUGGGUGGGAGGCCAAGCAAAAAAAAAACCUUGGCUCUGCAAAGCCUCCAGAUUGGAAAAUCAAGUUUAAUCUUCUUCUAGAAGAUUCCUGCCUUUCUUUUAUGUUUUCAAAACCACCAAAACAGUCCCUGAGCUCAACAGAAGUCAAAGACGUACAUUUGUCUCAGAAUAAUUCUUCUGAUCAAUAGAUUUGGCACUGCCAGGUGGCACUUCAUCCCUGCCUGGUCUUGGACUCCUCUGGGUGACUCACAGAUCUGUUAACUGUCUCCUGACUGAGCAGUCUCCUUUGCUAUUGUCUGACGGGUCAUAAUCUCAAGCUAUUAACACUAAGAAACAAGGAGCACUGGUGUAUUGACCUCUGGUCUACAAUGCCU